UUCGUCCCAAAUAAAGUGAGAAACCGUAGUUACACGAGCAGCUCUUGAAUGCUCCAUGGUUUUGAAAGCACGCAGUAUACGUCACUGCGCAUGCGCGUUGUUCUCCUCCGGCUAGCUCGAAAUUGUGGGAAGCUUGGUCCUGAGAACAAUACAGGAGCUGCUCUGUAAAAGAAGACCUCGUCGGUCUUCUCCGUCAUGGCCUCCACCUCUGAGGAGAACGUCCACGUAGAGGAGGUGGUGGUAGUGACGACGCCGGACAACUCGGCUCAGAGUCCCACGGAGGAGGACGUGAAGAACAUGCUGGAGACCACAGACCUUCAACCGUCUGAGGUCGAGAAUUUGGAACAGAGCUUAGAGGCUGAAUCCAGUCCUGCCAUCUCUCUGCCUAAAGAAGCUGUGCUCAUGAAGCUUUCGGCAGACGUGGACGCGGACACGGACAUCCUUUAUCAAAUAACCUGCGGAGACAGCAAGGCCGACCUGGUGUGGAAAAAAUUUGUCUGCCCCGGGAUCAACGUCAAGUGUGUGCAGUUCAACAAUCACCUGAUCAGUCCUAAGGAGUUUGUUUACCUGGCUGGAAAAUCCACUCUGAAAGACUGGAAGAGAGCGAUACGGCUCAACGGCACCAUGUUAAGGAAGAUCAUGGACUCCGGUGAGCUGGACUUCUUCCAGCACUCGAAGCUGUGCUCCAACACGUGCCGCAGCACCAAGAUCGACCUGGUGGGGACACGAGCACCUCUCAGCAGCCAGGCGUCCACCGAGACCACGCCCACUCCGUCUUCCGCUGACGUAAACGGAUCUCCGGCCACAUUUACAUCAGAAACGUCAGACGAAAGCACCGAGUGGGUCACGGCUAUAGGAGAGGACACCAUGACGUUCUGGAAAGGUCUGAAGGAUGCCGGUCUGCUGGAGGACAUCGUGGAGGACCUGCAGAAAGAGAUCGAGGAGAUCCUCAAAGGCCUGGAAGAACGCAUCAACGAACCCCCGCUGCAGGACAAAGAUGCUGCGCUGCUGAAUAAUAUCGUUCAGAACUUUGGGAUGCUGGACCUGGUGAAGAAAGUGCUGGCCAGCCACAAGAGUGAAAUGGAUCGCUGCAGGGAACAGUACACUCAGAGUUUAGCAGCUCUGGAGCGCCAGUGUGACGAACACCGCAAACGUGCCAAGGAACUGAAGAGCAAAUCCCAGCACCUCAACAACGUCCUCAUGAACCUGACCCCUGUAGCCACACCCCCAGCUCCCAAGCGCCCCCGCCUCACCCGUGCCGUUUCCGGACCCGCCUCGGUGAUGGCUCCACCCGCUCAGCCCACCCAGUUUACCCUGCCCAUCACACAGCUCACAGGCAUCCCAUUAGACAAAAUCUUAUCGACUGUGGGAGGCUCCGCCCCUGGUCAGUCCCCCUUUAUAGGGAGCUACACAGUCCUGACAUCUUCAGGAGGAGCAGAACUGCAGCAUGACAUGUCCAAUCUGACCGUGCUGAGCUCAGAUGUAGCAGGAGGCUCCAUCGUUAAAGUGCUCAGUCCCAUUCAGCUGCUCACGCUGCCCACUCUGGGAGCCGGAGCCACGCUGCAGAACCUGACAGCACCAGCAGGGGGCAGCACCUUCGUGGCCCUGCCGGUUAGUGCCGCUGCAGUGGAGACACUGGGAGCUCAUGCAGAAGAGACGAGAGCAGAGGGCAGCGCUGAACAGCAGACCAAAGACAAGCAAUAGAAAGACACGAGAUUUAUUAGAUGUUUUGUUUGUGUGUGUGUGUGUGUGUGUGUGUGUGUUUGUUUGUUUGUUUGUUUGCAUGCGUGUUAUUUUUUGACACAUUUCAUGUCUUACACAUUUCUACAGUCAAACGUCAGCUUGCUAAAACUAUUUUGUUUAAAUGUAUUUUCUUUAUUUUUCUAGUCACAUGAUCGCUACCAGUCCAGGAUGGUGAGGGUUUAAUAUGGAGAGAGUAAAAGGGCCACAUGUUAAAACUAAAAAAAAGCAAAAUAAAGUGACAAAUCCAAACAAUUUCUUGAAUCAAUCCUCUGCUGUAUGGCCAGACCCAAUGCAUCAGACCCAAUGCAUCAGACCCAAUGCAUCAGACCCAAUGCAUCAGACCCAAUGCAUCAGACCCAAUGCAUCAGACCUAAUGCAUCAGACCUAAUGCAUCAGACCCAAUGCUCUGCUGUAUGGCCAGACCCAAUGCAUCAGACCCAAUGCAUCAGACCUAAUGCAUCAGACCCAAUGCUCUGCUGUAUGGCCAGACCCAAUGCAUCAGACCCAAUGCAUCAGACCCAAUGCAUCAGACCUAAUGCAUCAGACCUAAUGCAUCAGACCCAAUGCUCUGCUGUAUGGCCAGACCCAAUGCAUCAGACCCAAUGCAUCAGACCCAAUGCAUCAGACCCAAUGCAUCAGACCUAAUGCAUCAGACCUAAUGCAUCAGACCCAAUGCUCUGCUGUAUGGCCAGACCCAAUGCAUCAGACCCAAUGCAUCAGACCUAAUGCAUCAGACCCAAUGCUCUGCUGUAUGGCCAGACCCAAUGCAUCAGACCCAAUGCAUCAGACCUAAUGCAUCAGACCCAAUGCUCUGCUGUAUGGCCAGACCCAAUGCAUCAGACCCAAUGCAUCAGACCUAAUGCAUCAGACCCAAUGCUCUGCUGUAUGGCCAGACCCAAUGCAUCAGACCCAAUGCAUCAGACCCAAUGCAUCAGACCUAAUGCAUCAGACCCAAUGCUCUGCUGUAUGGCCAGACCCAAUGCAUCAGACCCAAUGCAUCAGACCCAAUGCAUCAGACCCAAUGCAUCAGACCCAAUGCUCUGCUGUAUGGCCAGACCCAAUGCAUCAGACCCAAUGCAUCAGACCCAAUGCAUCAGACCCAAUCCUCCUCUGUAUGUGGUCCCGUGUUUCUUCACUUCUCCCUUCACCAACAACUUCCUAUUUACUAUUAAUUUCUAAAACAAAUGAAAGAAAACGAGUCUAUAAUUAAGUCUAUCAUUACUGCUAUGUUUUAGGUACUUUUUUUGUUUUAUUCUCUUGGUUUAUUUGAGCAGGAAAAUAAUCCCUGGGGUUGAUUUUGGUGUGUUUGUGUUCAUGCGUAUGUUUAUUACUCAGCUGUUACUAUGGACACUUUGUACAGGUUUGUGUUAAUGAUCAGUGUUAUUUCAUACCUUUCCUCCGAUAAAAGGAUUUCAUGGAAA